AUGAAUGAUACGAUAGAUAAUGAAUUGUGUUUACAAGAAAUGAAGGAAAUCGAGAAAAAAAUUAUCAAAUAUUUAUGUGAAUAAUUAAAACUAGAACAAUUUACAGAUCCUCAUUUGAAACAAUUGAACUAUGAAGACGCAAAGAAGAAACAAGUAUUCUCCUUUAGAUCUCUUGAUUCUGACACUGAGACAUCAGAUAAUAUAUCAAGUACUCCAAGUAAUCGAUGCUCCUUACAAAUUGCUAGAUCUCCUCUCAUUUUAAAAAGGUUAAGUGCUUCCAUCUCAGAAUAACUCUAAUGA